AAGAUUCCAGAUAUCAACUUCAGACCUUUAUGUGCAUGCCCACACGUGAGCACAUGCAAACAUAUACUCAUACACAUGAAAAUAGGGAAAGAAAAAAGAGGAUACAUUCACUAAGGUGAGCAAUUUCCUAAUAUGGGCAUUUCUACACUGAGCAUCAGAGCUCAGUGGAUAUCAGUGACAUCAUAAUGUCUGUGUUGUAACAAAGUCCUCUCUUGAGGAGCCAAGAUAAGCACAUGAGCAGUUAGAAAGUUGAUCAUUUUGAGAGACUCAGGCCACAAGAGAAGUGGAGCUCUGCCGAAUCCAUCCAUCAAGCGGCAUGGCUGGGAGAAGAAGGGGAAGAAAACACAUAUCCCGCUCCUCAAGAGCCGAGCUUCAGUUUCCGGUUAGCCGCGUGGACCGUUUCCUGAGAGAGGGGAACUACUCCCGGCGCCUGAGCUCCUCUGCACCCGUGUUCUUCGCUGGUGUGCUUGAGUACGUGACCUCCAACCUCCUUGAGCUGGCUGGGGAGGAAGCCCAUACCAACGGCAAGAAGCGCAUAGCUCCAGAACACGUGAUCCGGGUUGUAAAAAACAAUGAACAGCUCCACCAUCUCUUCAAAAACACCGCCAAUUCUCUGUUUGAUGAGACACCAGAUGACGACAACUGAAAAUACCUGGGUCUCGGAGGCUGGAGAGCUACCACCUCUUCAGGCUCAGCCAGCCCUAGCGUCCUACUAGCUAGGGCAGCUUAUAAGUCAUGCCAAUAAAGCAUCUAAACUGAAACCAGUGGUUCUGACUCCUUUUGCGUUGUCAUUUUGAGCUAGAGGUGACUUGGGAACAUCCAGGAAGGGUGGUCGUGGGUUUGGAGCUGUGGUCACUACAGGGGAUUUGAUUUCCAGGGUAAAUUUCUAAUGGGGACUGUGUGGGCAGUUGUCUUGGUGGGACGAGAUGGA